AUGCCAAGGAAUCAACAGUCUGUAGACAUGAAUGCCGAGGAAUCAACAGACCUGAGUGCUUUUGCCAUGCCGUUGAUUGACUCUGAUGCAGAGGACACCAUGACAGACUCUAAUGAAUAUGGACGACCUCGAUCCUCUUCGGGUGCAUCUGCUCUCAAAACCCUCCUCGGCAGUAAAUCCAAAAGCAGGAACAAGUCUGCAGAGCGAGAGGAGAAGAAGGACAAAGAAAAGGACAAAGACAAGAAAAAAGGAUUCUUUGAGCAGUUCCGACCUCGUUCUAAAUCUGACGUGUCGGGUUUGAAGAGGCCACUGAAGAAGCCAUCAAUCCCAACUGACCACUCGCUGGACGAAUCAGUCCUGACAGCGCAAACAAACCACAAGUCACUGAUCAGCUCACAGGAGGCUGUCACUCCCAUGAGCCAGAUCUUAGAGGGGCAAAUGCUCUUUGUGUCUGAUGAUGCCCGGGGUAGACACAAGUCUGGCCCGUCCACAAACAAGGAUAGUUUCAUGAGCAAGUUUAGAGCUCGCUCCAAUUCAGACUCCAAGCCAAAGUCGCCCAGAAGACCUCUGCACACACAG